GAUUUCAAGGACGCCACUGAAAGCAGCAUGGGUGCAUCUGAAUCAAAUUUGUUGAUGACAGAGAGCAGCGUGACAACUUAAUCUAUAAUUGGAUGACAUUAGAUGUUUUAACGGUUUGAAAAUGAGAACUACUGGCUGCUUGGCUUUCGGUAUCGGUGAAGUCUUGUAGACAUGAAGAGAUCCCCGAGGCUGUUUCAGUAAGGUUGGGCUAACCGCAGUUGAAACACUGACUGCUGUUAGCCUCACAGUGGUGGAUUAAACUGCACAUCUGACGCUGGAUAUUUUAGUUAGUUAGUUGCCUAUUUUUAAUGUUUUGUGCGUCCAUUAAAUCACCAGUAAAACUUUUUUUAAAUAAUGUUUUUGUUGUUCUAAUAAAGAGCUCGACUAUUUACCCAUGGCGUAUUAGGCCUCAAGCCAUGCCUCGGUCCACAGUUGGGCUGUGAAUCCGUCAAUUCGCUUCUUCGUGUGGGCAAACUAGUUAGCCAUUGCUGCGGGGUUUACCUCUUUUGUGAAAGGUCUGGCUUACAGACAUGCACCCUCCAUCCCAACAGCACUAUGUGUCUAUAAGCUUUGCUGGACAAGAAAGUGGAAAUUACAGUAACAGUAAGCAGUGGAGGAGGCAGUCCUGGUGGAGGAAAUGGAAGCAGCUGUCCAGGCUGCAGCGGAGCCUCAUCCUCUUCAUCCUCGUCCUCCUGUUUAUUUGCGGAAUUGCCUCCUAUCCUGCUAUUACUGAACACCUCAAUGGCCUUACAGAAAAAGAGCACAAGACGGACAGAAACGGCAUCCUGAAGCCUGUCAUCCUACAGGUGCUGCCCGAGCCCAUCAAACAGGCCCAACCACUACUGCCAGAACCAACCUCGCAGAGGAAAUUACCCAAAAAGAGAGGACCACCUGGCCUUCAGAAUCAUCUUCAGAAGAAAGGAAAUGCUUCAGAUGCAGUGGCCAAGGACAAGGCAGCUGACAGCAAGAAAGGAGGGAAGGAGGAGGGCGUUAUCAGCUGGCGUGGGGCAGUGAUUGACACUUACCAAGCCACAGAAGGCACUAAGGAUGAGGAAAACAAUGACGAUUCCCUUGCCAACCAAAAAGCCAAAUCAUCAGAAAAGUCAGCUAGCAGGAUGGAGGCAGUGCGGGAAGCAUUCAGACAUGCGUGGAAGGGCUAUAAAGACUUUGCUUGGGGCCACGACGAGCUCAGGCCCCUCUCCAAGUCCUACAGCGAAUGGUUUGGCCUGGGUUUGACGCUUAUUGAUGCCUUGGAUACCAUGUGGAUCCUGGGACUUAAAGAAGAAUUUGAAGAAGCAAAGGCGUGGGUGGCCACAGAGCUCACAUUCAACAAGAAUGUAGAUGUCAACUUGUUUGAAAGUACCAUCCGCAUCCUGGGAGGUCUGCUGAGUACCUACCAUCUGACCGGAGAUACCCUGUUUCUUGACAAAGCUAAAGACAUCGGCUCUAGGCUGAUGCCCGCCUUCAACACCCCGUCCAAGAUCCCCUACUCUGAUGUGAACAUUGGGAAAGGCACAGCCCACCCCCCUCGCUGGACGUCCGACAGCACUGUGGCAGAGGUUACAAGCAUCCAGCUGGAGUUCAGAGAGCUCACUCGCCUCACCCAGGAACCACAGUACCAGGCUGCAGUGGCUGAGGUUAUGAAACGGGUCCACAAGCUGGACGGAAAGCUGGAUGGUCUUGUGCCGAUGUUCAUAAACACAAACAAUGGACAGUUCACCCAUCAAGGGAUCUACACACUGGGAGCCAGAGCAGACAGCUACUAUGAGUACCUGCUGAAGCAGUGGAUCCAGGGAGGAAUGAAGGAGAGCCAGCUAUUGGAGGACUAUCUGCAGGCAAUAGAGGGUGUAAAGAAAAACCUGUUGCAGAAGUCUUCACCUAAUGGCCUAACAUUUGUUGGAGAGAUCUCACAUGGACAGUUCAGCCCUAAAAUGGACCAUCUAGUGUGUUUCCUGCCAGGCACUCUGGCCCUCGGUGCUCACAAUGGCCUGCCUGCUGAUCACAUGGAUCUGGCCAAACAGCUGAUGGAGACCUGCUACCAGAUGUACGUCCACAUGGAAACCGGCCUCAGUCCAGAGAUCGUCCACUUCAACAUGCAUCAGGGCAGCACCCACGACAUUGACGUAAAGCUUGCAGACAGACACAACCUCCUGCGACCAGAGACGGUGGAGAGUCUCUUCUACUUGUACAGGUUCACCAAGGACCACAAGUACCAGGAGUGGGGCUACGAGAUUCUCCAAAACUUUAACAAGUACACCAAGGUUUCAUCUGGUGGCUACACCUCUAUCAACAAUGUGCGCGACCCAGACUACCCGAGCCCACGAGACAAGAUGGAGAGUUUCUUCCUGGGGGAAACACUGAAAUAUCUGUACCUGCUCUUCUCAGACGAUCCCAACCUCAUCAGCCUAGACCAGUAUGUCUUCAACACUGAAGCUCAUCCCCUGCCAAUAUGGCCUUCCACUGCGUGACACAGGCUCACACGCAAACUCAAAUGAAAUAUAAACUGCAUGUAUAAACACACAUCUCAGGGCUGCUCCAAUACCAGUAUAAUUCCUUGACCUUCUGUCUGUGACGGAAAGUUGUCAAAACAACAAUCCUGAAUACGAAUCACAAAUGGAAAAAGCCUCCUUUUUACCGUUUUAAUCAAUAGUUUGCAGUGCGCUAAUAGCCAUGAAGUAAUGACACGAUCCUAGCUCGGUUUGUGGCUCCGUCUUGGUCAUUUAUGGGUUUUACUGCGUGGAACUCUGCUAGUGACAGGAUUUAUGCUGGAGAAGUAGAGGAAGGUUUUUGUCCUCAUGUCCACCCAGCAUUAAAGAAAGACCUGACUGUGACUUGAAUCAAAGAUGUCUUAAUCACGUAAUGAGGAUGAGGAGGAAUGUCAGGUAGGGCUCAUACAAGAGUUUCAAAGCUGAUACUCAUAUUUUCAAUUGAAAGCUGCUCGUAGCUUAUAUUUUUUCCACUUGCGCAUAUUCUGUGACAAUUUCUAUGUUUGAAAAAAAAAAAGUCCUUGUAAAACUUUGAGGUUUUAUUUUUUAACCCCUGCACUAUAUUCUUAUAAAUUCUGAAACAGCAUUUAUCCCAUUUUGAAACAAAUCCUGCGUGUGCCCCGGUGGGCUGACCACAGUGCUAUCACCGAGUGACAGCAGGCUGGUCGUCUUUGCAGGAUAACAGUCCCUGAACUGAAACCAACCUCUGCCUACUGCACCUGCAAACUUGCUGCUCUGCUGAAAUGUUUGUACAUUGGUGUGACUCCUGCAGGGAUACAAAAAAAAAGCAAAUUCCUCAUCGCAUUGUGUGUAAUAUAGUCAUUAUGUGCUCCAGCUAGAACUAUUGUCAGAUGCCCUUCCUCUUGUGCUGGUAAAAAGCAAACGAAGCUGAAGCUUCAUGACAAGGCAUGGAUGUGCCCUCAGUUCCAUGCUGCAUUCAUGUCAUUUUGGAAAAGUGACUUCACUAUGUGAAAAUACCACUUCAGGUCAGGGAGAAAACAUUGCUUGGAAAGUGUUCACACUCUGCAGCAUCAUGAAUGGAUGACACUCACAAGCAGUGUAAUAGUCAAAAUAUUUUUUCUAGAGGUGGAUGAUAUGAUGAUAUAUAUAUGUAUAUACCCAUAUUUUCUCUUGUCUGGAGGCAGCAUAUACACGAGUUAAAGUACAGAAACAUUAUCAGCUACACAUAUUAACAGUAAAGUCCUCAUGGUUCCAUAUGAAGGAGGGUUCACCAACUGAGUGCAUUUUUUUGCAGCCUGGCAAUCUAAAAUUUGUCCCAGCCCCUUAUAAUGAACAAACCCUUUAACCCGUACAUUCUGUUCAGGUCACAUAGGAUCAGUUUUGACAUUUUGUGCACAUAACAAACAGAAGUCAUAUAGUGUGUUGACAGUGUCAGAAGAUCAGCAUUUAAGAUUACAAGCCUGAUUCCAAACAGUUGAUGCCGUGUAAAACGUAAAUAAAAACAGAAUGCAUUUGUUUGCAGACAAACUGUCUGUACCAACAACAGUUUUGUGACCGUGAGCCUUUCAAGGAUGCCACUUUGAUUACCCAAUCGUGAUCUCCUGUUACCUGUUUCCUGCAACAUUGGUGUGAAUACAUGGCCAUGGCUGGGCUCCAAUCUGUGAGGUGUGAAUGUUGAAAGGUGUGAAGAAUGAUACGUUAGUGAUAAACUACAUAAAACUGAAAUCUGGUAUUUAUAUCUGGCUUAGGGUGAAUUGAAAAGGCAGUUGCUCCUUUCAGCUGUUCCUGUUUAUUCCUGUGUGACAUGAAUGCAGCAUCAGUCUUGUACUUGGGACUCAGAUGACCUUGGUCUCAUUCCAGCUGUUGCCAAGCAGCCAAUUUACUUAAGAACUGUGAAGUUGUUUUGUUUUGGGUUUUUUUGUUGCUGUUGCUGUUGUUGGGUCUUUGAUUUAUUUUUUUAUUGAGCAGCUUUCCAUUUCAACGAAUGUUCCAUUUCUUUCUUCUUUUGUCAUUUUCCUUAUUAAGGUGUAGUGCAUUUGUUUGUUUGUUUUUCAGGUGAGAGAAAUUAAUGAUGAAAUUUUAAAUAUAAAUUUAGCAUAAUAUAUUGAUUUGUAGUGUGUAUUAAAAGGUAUAAUUGCAGCUGUUUUAAUACAGUGAGCUCCCCUUGUGCAUUUUAUUUUAUUUUAUUUUAUUUUUUAUUUUUAUUUUUGUAGUAGCAGCAGCUUCAAAGCAGCUUGCAGUCAUUCCAACAAAUAGAAAAGUGAUUUCAAAAAAGUUGGGAUGCUGUGUAAAAUGUAAAUAAAAACGAAAUGUGAUGAUUUGCAAAUCCUUUUCAGCCUAUAUUCAGAGGAAUACAGGAUAAAGACUAGAUAUUUAAUGUUGACAGUUGAAACCUUUUUUUGUAUAUAUUCACUCAUUCUAAAUUUGGUGCCUGCAAAACAUAGAAAAAAGAAAAAAAAGGUAUGUUUUUACCACUGUGUCCCAUCACCUUUUCUUUUAACAACUUUCUGUAAGUGAAGUUUUGAAAGUGGAAUUCUUUCCCAUUCUUGUUUGACGUACGACUUCAGUUGCCUUCUGUUGUCGUAUUCUUUGCUUCAUAAUACACUUUCAAUGGGAGACACGUCUAGUACCUGCACUGUAGUGCAAAGUUAAAAAGGUUUCCCGUCAUGUCCAUGCAAAUGUACGAGCAGUAACACGUUCCAAACUUGUCUAGGAAUUGUCUGGCAUUGAACUUUGACCAUGUAACAGUCUGGAUGGAUGGCCCUUCUCUUCUUUAGCCUGGAAGAAACAACAUCUAUGAUUACCAAAAAAUGUGGAUAUUUAUUGGUUUUCUGAAGUGUUCCUGAGCCCAUGUUGGUUUUUAAUACAGCAACACCUGAUAUUGAUUGAUGAUGUUAUGCAUUGUGAAUUCCCUACAAUUGGGCAUUGAGAAAUGUUAAACUGUUGGACUGUUUGCCCACUGAACCUUGGCCCAUCGUGGUUUGUGAACAACUGAGCCUUUUGGGGAUGUCUCUUUCAUACCCAGUCAUGAUACUGCUUACCUGUGGAGUGUUCCAAGCUAGUGAUUCCUGAGCAGUGAACAACUCUCUCUUGUUUUGUUUUGUCUUUUGUCGCUUAGGUCCCAACUUGUUUGAAACAUGUUGCUGGCAUCAAAUUCAAAAUGAGUGGAUAAAUCAAGGAAGUUGAUGAGGCAAAACAUUAAAUAUUCAAUUUAUUAUCAAAAAGAUUAGCCAAUUCUCGCAUUUUGUUCUGUUUACAUUUAACAGUGUGUCAACUGUUUUUGAAAUCAGGGAUGUAUUACUUGUUUACAUCAUAGCUAUACUUGUGGAUUUUAAGAACUUCAUGAUUUUUUUUUUUUUUAUUGAUACCAAACUUUUCUGGGUUUUUUUUUUUCUUUUUUGUGUUGUCUCAUGUGUGCCUUUAAUGUUGAUUCUGACAACAUUCAAAAGACAGCUGUUAUCUGUCUGUUAAUGUCCAUUUCUAUUCAUUCAAGCUAUGUUUUCCAUGUGCAUAUAUUGCUGAUUUGCUGCAGCAUAUGUUCAUUAUGAUUGUUGCAGAUUUUACUAUUUUUACAGCUUGUCAGUAAAAUGGGGAUCGCUAUAUUUCCAGCAGUCUCUUUAAGCAUUCACUUGACAUAAUUUUAAUCUUUAGCAGUGUGUGUAUCGAAGUGUGGCUCAUAAGGGCUCUGUGUGAUCCCUCCCUGGAAGUGUUUCAUCAUAAUCCCUGAGCCAAAGAUGUACUGAAAAUCAAAUCAACCCUGUGUGUUUUGGUUUUGUUUUUGUUUAGGGUUUCAACAAUGAAAAAGCCAUUUGUCCAGAGUCACCUCUUGUCAGGAAAAACUAACAAAGCCGAUAUUUUCAUUGCUUUUUGAUGCCAGUUUCAUCAGUGUGGGUUCUGAUGACUGAUAUUUUAAGACUUAAGUCUUCUAUUUUAGGUGCACCAAACGCAGUGCUUUUGAAAGGAGGCUGUACACGGUUGUGACAACACAGAAAUAUUUCAUUCGGGUGUAAUCACAAAUUAAUUUGCAGUGACACAGGAUUGUGCAUUCUGCGACUCUUUAGUCAGAGUGGAAAGACUUAAAUGUCACAUGGAUCACCAUGUAAAUUAUGCAGGUUCUACUCAUCACAUAUCUGAAGAGUGAAAACCCUGGUUCGUGAUCUUAUAUAUUUUUUUUUCCUGGGAUUUAGAGAUGUGUCACUGUGAGAAUAUACACUGCCAUUUUUUUUUUUAAUAACAUUUUGGGUAAAAUGAUCUUAGCCCAUAGAGUGAUUUGGCUUGUUUGACUGGCAUAAAUAUGGACAACCAUGUUGAAACAGUCUGGUCUUGGAAUUACACAGAAAGUGCAUCUGCAGAUACUGUUGAAAUUACAUGUGAAAUAUGGUUAUAGACCAUACCAUGGUCAGAUGAUGUUAAAUUAACUAAAUAGAAGAAAGUCUCUCAGAAGGACUAGUCAUGUGGAAUUUUUGAUAUCUACAUUUCCAGAAACGUCAUACCACAGUUAAGUUAAUGGGUGGUGGGGCAUUGGUUUGAAUUUUUUUUUUUUUUUUUCCUUCAAACUUUCUCAAACAUACAAAAUCUGUUGAUGUCACCUUAAGUAUGAUAAAUGCUGGAUCAGCUGUAAUUUUUGUAAAGAAAACCAGAGAAAUUAAAGAGAUUUUAUUGAACAGAAA